AACCGGAAGUAAUAUUGUCGCUGUAAAGUCGUCAUUAAUCAGGCAGAAUAUAGUAUUUUUUAAAGAUUUAUCUGAAUUAACAGAAAUAUUUUCUUAUAUUUUAUUUAGUAAUGUCUUUAGUUGAAAUAGUAGAACACAAUGAAGUUAUUUAUACAAUACUUGACAAACCACCUCCGGAACCACCGAAGACACCAAGGUACAUGUCCAAACUAGAAAAGCAACUAAAAGUGACGAAGAUCCCACAGUUGCGUCGAACGUUUGGAUAUGCGUAUGCUCCUGUGACAGCACCUGACCAGUUUCUGAAGAAGGGCGAGGGGAUAGGACAACCCAUCAAGAAGACAGACCACAAAUGUGUCGUCAGUGGUAACCUGCCUCCUGUACCCAAGCGACCACCACCCGGACAAAAAGGCCCGGAAAAACCUAAAAUAAACUUCCGAGUCGUUAAUAUUAAGAAGGCUAUUAAAACUAAGCCGAAACCUGUUCAGCCUAGACUGGUAGACACUCGCGAUGGUCACAUUAAAAACAUCAAGGGGUCGGGAGAGGUGCCCGAGUACUGCCUCAGACCUGACUUUGGUCAAAUGCCGGCAUACCUUGUCAAGAGAAACAGACGAAUUUUCAAAGAAAUGGAAAAAAUCCGAAUCGCCGAGGAGAACCGGGAGAGUUUGUGCAAGUUGAUCAGCGAGGAAGAACGAAUGAAGCUACUGAGAGACUUAAAACAUAACUGGCAGUUGAUGCAGAAAGCGUUCUUGCAGCUUCCGAUGCUUACCGAUACGAUACCCAAAAUUAUAAAGAAGUCUAAAAUGGAACAUGAGCUCAAGCAACUGGAAAAAGACAUAGCUCUGGUGGAGUGCAAUCCUUAUAUUUAUAUAUUUGACGAAACCACCGUCAGUCGUCCUCAUCCUCACUAAUUUUGUAAGUACUUAAUGAGGGACUUCCCAAUCGGAGUUCUCCAAAACACGAUAGAUGGCGUUGUUAAGUUUUUUCUUCGUUGAAACUUCUAAUUUCAUGGAUCAUCAACAGACGUAUUAUACAUCUUUUAUCUUUGUUUUUGGAUAUAAAUAAUGACCCUUUUUAUUACACUAAGGUACAAUUACAACAUCCACCAAUUGUUAUCUGAUCACAAUAAAGAGAAGCAAUAUAAGUAGCAUACUUAGCAACAUCAUUCUAUACAUAAUGUGAUCCAAAUAUCAAACAACGAUUGGUUUUAUAUAUAUGCUUCUGCCAUGACAUUACAUUUUUGAAUAAUUAUGUAAGUACCCCAGCAACGUUAAAAGUGAAAAACGCCAUCUAUCGUGUGUUUAAGGAACGUCGAUUGGAGAACUGAUGAUAGGGGAAAUGGUGUUGUGCCCGACAUUCAUAUUGUACCAAUAUCUAACGGAUAUUUAACUGGUUAAGGUUGGCAAAAUACCCGAAGUAUCAAAUCCGCAAGGAUAGGAAUAGGACCCUAUGGUAGGUACCUAUCGGUUAGGUAACACGCUAAUCGCACGCGCGGGUAUGAAUCUCAUCGGAGUCAGAAUUGUUCUAUCUAUAAGAGUAUUUUCUCUUAGUAACUGGCUAAAACCCUGAUUAUUUAAACAGAUGCAUUUGAAAUAUAGAGGCGGACGACAUUGAAGGGUUCUUUAUUUACAUACCUAAUCUAUCAAGAUUAUCAAGUCAUCACUAAUUUAAGAGCCACGCUCUAGUGGGUGUAGCAUUCCUCUCCAUGCUACUUUUUAGGGAAAAAUAGGGCAGUGGUUUCUCUCUUGCCCUCUGCCCCCUCUCAAUCUUGAUAAUAGCCUACCUAUUAUAUGAAUAAAAUUAGUGGACUCGAAAAUAAGUUUCUGCUUCUUAAUAGCGUGGGUAAAUAUUUUCUCGUCUGUCAUCAGUUCUUUAUGAGUUGACUUUGUAAACUGUUCGACGAUUUAAUUUGAGUACUUACUUAACGCUUAUAGACUUAAAAGCUGUUAUAACAGCUUAUUACCUAUUAAGAUUCAUCUGCUCCAUAAUGAUAUUAUUGAUGGAAAUGUUUUACUUUAAUCAUGGACGUGUUUAAAAACAUUUUUGU